AUGAAUCACAGACUUGGAACAUCAGAGGCUGUUUAUGUAGGUGUAUGUCGCAUAGUAGGCACGCCUACACAAGUUUCAAUAAGAAGAGAAGUGGCCAAUAUUGCUGAGAUUAUAAUGACGCCAUUAGAAGAAAGAAUGGAAGUAAGAAGACUUCUCAAUGGAAGCAGUAAAGAAGGCUUUGGUCACGUAGCAUCGGAUAUGGACUGUAUGAUCUGGCAGACUGAUGACCAUGUUAUAUGCGAAUUAAGUCAAGCAGAAAAUUACAACACAGAAAGAUAUCAGCAGAGUUAUAUUCAAAAUGUAGGAGGACUGACACUGGAUGAGAAAAUGAGUACAGCUAUAGCAAGGGACAUUCGUUUAGGCUUGAUUUUGAUAAAGGAACUAGAAGUAGAAAUCGGAACAACAACAAGAACUUUUAUCGCUAUACCACCUUAUGUCAUGACACUUAUGUUUCUAGUGUUCUGUUAUCAUGACAAUCCACUAGAAGUUGCCUCCAUUGACUUAAGUAGUUCGAUUCAGAAAUUCUUUUGUUUGAAUAGGGACAAGUUGCGUCAAGAGGUUGAAGACAAAGGUUACGCUGUUGUCCCUGACCUGUUGACUCCCGAGGAAUGCGAUUCCUUGAUGUCACAGUACAAGGACUGGGUGAACAAGUUUGAUGAGGGCCAUAUCCCCCUUCAGAACAGAGCAUCGGUUAUUCAGUCUUACAGGGUUGGUCAUUUUAAGCCGAGCUGGGAGGUUCGCCUCAAGUCCAAGGCGGUAUUUGAGGCUAUUUGGGGGACGGAAAAGUUACUGUCCAGUACUGAUGGAAUAGCAAUUUCCAAGCCACCAGAAAACGCAGACCAAUGUCGAGAAACUCACAAAGAAUGGUUACAUUUGGAUCAGGGAGCCCAGAGAGAAGGGCUACACGCAUACCAAGGUGCUGUUUACUUAGAGGAACAAACAAAGGACGAUUACUGCUUCAGGGUAUUGUCCAAAUCUCACCUCUAUCAUUCAGAAUUAUUCAAGACAUUUCCAAACGGCGCGGCUAGGACAGCACGAUUCGAAUUUUACAAACUAUCAAAAAAGCAGAAAGAAUUUUAUUAUAAAAAGGGAUGUACUCUUGAAUGUGUUCCCGUACCAAAGGGAGGGAUAGUAAUUUGGGAUUCUCGAACGGUUCAUGAUAAUGCUCCUCCUACCUUAAAGAGACCGAAUCCCGACAGAUGGCGCUUUGUAAUCUUUGUGAGUAUGACGCCUGCCCAGUGGGCGAGUGAGAAAGAGAGGGAUUUCAGGAAGGAUGCAUACAGGCGCAUGCUCCUGACUACUCACUGGUCAUCUCAGGGGCUCAAAACAUUCAAAGACAAAGGGAAUCGAAAACGGAAGUUUGCCGAUGUUAGCAUCGACAGUUUACCAGACGUUGCAAAAACAAAGGAAGCCAGAUUGUUAGUUGGAGACGAACGGUACAACUUUGCUGACGAACACCCGAACGGGCCAAAAGCACCGAAAUGGAGACGUGGCUAUGACAGAGAAUCUGCUUUGAACAAAUCGAAAUGAGUUCAGUGUGG